ACUCGAGCGCGUGAUGCACUCAUUUGCAUACGGUGCGAUUUGAAAUACAAUGUAAACAGCUCUUGAACUGGGCAAGUCAUCUAAUCAGGUCGAGCAGUCCUUGCUGGCAUUUCGUAUCCUUGGUCGUGUAGGCUAACUGGCAUUAUUUCAGCUGAUGGGCAUGGCCCUGCAUUCUGAUGGAAACGUGGGAGAUUCGAAAUUACUAUUCGUCACAUUGCUCCCGCGGAGAACCAACCUGUGGUUUACACACAGAAAUGUAGCCAAUUUCCUCGGCUUUGACUGUCGUUUGCGCGCAGACACGUCAUUCAGAGACUAGUCCGUGGCCCGCCCAGCAGCAUUUGACUGAAGAGAGCAAUGAAGAGUGUGGGGGUAUGAUAACAGUUUAACUGGACCUCAGCAGCAGGCUAACAUGUUAUCACAUUGAGUGAUACAGUAUACAUUCGUUGGUUGCCCAGCCGUUGAGCAUUCAGUGCGAUGUCACAUCUGGGCUACCGGAAAUACGAUGCUCAACCACCGCUGUAGAUUGACAUUGCUGCUAUCCAGGUGUUGGACAAAAGAGGAGGGACGUUGUUGAUGUGACAUUACAUCUAUGCUGUGUGCAGUUUUUUGUGGUCCCAUUCACAGACACAGAGCAAGAAGAUGCUGAGCCGUUUCAUGAGUGGCAGCAUCAGGAAUCUGGAACGAGAAUACAACUGUACGGUGAGGCUGCUGGAUGACUCGGAGUACACCUGCACGAUCCAGCGCGAUGCAAAGGGACAGUACCUGUUUGAUCUCAUCUGUCACCACCUUAACCUGCUGGAGAAGGACUACUUUGGCAUCAGAUAUGUGGACCCAGACAAACAGAGGCAUUGGUUGGGUUUUACAAAAUGUAUUGCCAAACAAAUUAAAUCCCAGCCUCCAUUCACCAUGUGUUUACGUGUCAAGUUUUACCCUCCCGACCCGGCUGCCCUGAAAGAGGAAAUCACAAGAUAUCUAGUCUUCCUACAGAUCAAGAGAGAUCUGUACCAUGGACGUCUCCUGUGUAAGACGUCGGAUGCUGCCAUGUUGGCUGCCUACAUACUACAAGCUGAGGUUGGUGACUAUGAUCCUGGAAAGCAUCCUGAGGGCUACAGCUCUAAGUUCCAGUUCUUCCCUAAACACUCAGAGAAGCUGGAGAGACGCAUCUCUGACAUCCACAAGACAGAACUAAUAGGACAGACUCCAGAAGAGUCAGAGCUGAACUUCCUGCAGAAGGCCCAGGAGCUGGAGACGUAUGGUGUGGACCCUCACCCCUGCAAGGAUGUGUCAGGGAACCCUGCCUUCCUGGCCUUCACUCCGUUUGGCUUCACUGUCCUGCAGGGGAACAGGAGAGUCCAUUUCCUCAAGUGGGACGAGGUGACAAAGCUGAAGUUUGAGGCAAAGACAUUCCAUAUAUAUGCAAAUCAGAAAGAGGACAAGAAGAUCAUCUUGACAUAUUUUGCACCUACACCUGAGGCCUGUAAACACCUGUGGACGUGUGGAGUUGAGAAUCAGGCUUUCUACAAGUUGGACAAGUCCAGCCAGGUCAGAACGGUGUCCAGCAGUAAUCUGUUCUUCAAAGGAAGUAGAUUCAGAUACAGUGGCAGGGUUGCUAAGGAAGUGAUGGAGCAAAGUGCCAAAAUAAAACGGGAACCUCCAGAGAUUCACAGGGCUGGUCUGGUACCCAGUAGGAGCUGUCCUUCCAUCACCCACGGCCCACGGCUGACCAGUGUCCCCCGACAAAGACGGAGAGCUGUACACAUCUCCAUCAUGGAGGGCCUGGAGUCCCUACGAGACUCCGCCCACUCCACACCUGUGCGUUCUGUCUCCCACGGCGACUCCUUCAUGCCGCGACACCGUCACCACACAACAGAUGCCGGCGAGGGCGGGUCAUCCCAGCGGGUCAUCUCUGACGAGGCCUAUUGCCCCUCGGACAGUGUGCUGCCCACCCCCACGGCCGAACUCAGCCUGGAGCUAGCCGUGGCGCGCCACCCUAAUGGAGCCCCCUGCAGCAUCGAAGAGGAGGAGUCGGAGGCCGGGACUCCUGAGGGACAGGUGGCUGAGUUCGGCCCCGACGGCAGAGUGCUUCGGCUGGGUCGGACCAGGAAGUCUCUCCCUAACAACGAGGUGCAGGAGCUACAUAAGUUCAUCCUGAGUGUGUUGCGUAUGUUCCUGGUGACCAUGGGACUGCUGUUUGCCCUGCUCUCCCUCCUCAUCAUGCUGACUGAGUCUGACCUGGACAUCGCCUUCCUACGGGACAUACGCAAGACGCCUGAGUUCCAGCAGUUUCACUUUGAGUAUUUCUGCCCUCUCAGACGGUGGGUUGCCUGCAAGUUCCGCUGGAUGGGAGGCUUCCUUAUAGACAAGUGAGAAAGACUGAGCGAUGGAGGGAGAGAAAGAGGAGUGAAUGAAAAAGAGGCCUCCUCUGAGAGGACAUACGCAAAGGAUGGAGGGAGGAUAGGAGAAAGUAAAGAAAGGCUGUAGACAGGAAGAGAGGGCUGCUCCAUCUGAACGGGAAAUAACCUUCAAGCUUCUCCCACAAGUCACUUCCUGUUACAAGCCAAGGACCGCCCCCUUCGCUGACCCUCUUCCUUUUUUCUAACCAUCAGACUGAACGGAGGACAUUUUCUAAGCUCAUGUUUUACUUUGGAAAUUCAGGUCAUUUCAAGGUACUUUAUUUUUUACCAAGAGACAAGGCAACAGAGUUAUAAAACGACAUAAAAUGAGACAUCUGAGGUCUGUUAUAGGCCUGGGAGGAAACACAUAUUAUUCAACCAACAAAACAACAACAGUUGCCUUUAUUUUCUAUUACUUCAUAUAAACAUCAAUUGUAAGAGAGAAAAAAACUGUAUAAAAUUAAGAUGGAUACAAAUAUAUUAGAUUUGACAUUGAUAUAAAAACAGAGGUGUGUAGUGUUGAGUUGUGUACUGUCCAAUGAGUUUGAGCUGAGAAAGGAUGAGAGAGAGAGAUGAAAAACCAUGCCUUUUACUCAUUUGGGGUCAACAUCUAAAACAUCCAUGAUAAUCAUUCUAAUGCUGCUGAAACUUUCAUUUGGGCUGCUAUUGGAGGAGAAACAUUUCUACUGGCAGGAGUACUGAAUUCUGGAGUCUGAAAAGAACCAAAGAUAUGAUAUUCAAUAGAAGAUGUAAAAAGGUACGUUUUUGAAUGUACAGUACCAUUCAAAAGUUUGGACACACCUACUCAAAACACUCAUCCAGUGUUUUUCUUUAUUUUUACUAUUUUCUACAUUGUAGAAUAAUAGUGAAGACAUCACAACUAUGAAAUAACACAUAUGGAACCAUUUAGUAACCAAAACAGUGUUAAACAAAUAAAAAUAUAUUUUACAUUCUUCAAAGUAGCCACCCUUUGCAGAAUGAAGAAAAAGCAGCCAACAAGUGCUCAGCAUAUGUGGGAACUCCUGUUGGAAAAGCAUUCCAGGUGAAGCUGGUUGAGAGAAUGCCAAGAGUGUGCAAAGCUGUCAUCAAUGCAAAGGGUGGCUACUUUGAAGAAUCUAAAAUAUAUUUUGAUUUGUUUAACACUUUUUUGGUUAUUACAUACAUACAGUUUUGAUGUCUUCACUAUUAUUCUACAAUGUAGACAAUAAUAAAAAUAAAGAAAAACCCUUGAAUGAGUACGUAUGCCCAAACUUUUGACUGGUACUGUACAUAUACACUGAGUAUACCAAACAUUAGGAACAGUCUCAAUUCGCCGAUGCAAGAACUCAAAAAGGUGUUGAAAGCAUUCCACAAGGAUGCUGGCCCAUGUUGACUCCAAUGCUUCCCACAGUCAAGUUAGCUGGAUGUCCUUUGGGUGGUGGACCAUUCUUGAUACACACGGGGAACUGUUGAGCAUGAAAAACCCAGCAGUGUUGCAGUUCUUGACACAAAUUGGUGUGCCUGGCACCUACUACCAUACCCCAUUCAAAGGCACUUAAAUCUUUUGUCUUGCCCAUUCACCCUCUGUAUGGCACACAUACACAAUCCAUGUCUCAAUUGUCUCAAGGCUUAAAAAUCUAUAACCUUCUAUAACCUGUCUCCUCCCCUUCAUCUACACUGAUUGAAGUAGAUUAAACAAGUGACAUCAAUAAGGGAGGCUUUCACCUGGUGAGUCUAUGUCAUGGAAAGAGUAGGUGUUCUUAAUGUUUUGUACACUCAGUGUACUAUACUGUCUUGUAAGAGAGUUGAAGAAUAUCUGUGUAAUGACUGUGGGUGUCCUAAACUUGGUUUAUAGUUUGUUUGUUAAUUAACCAUCAUUACAAAUUGGCAUGGAACAAUCAAGAGACAGUCAUACAGUACAUCAAAACUAUAAACCAAAUGAAUGGAAUUGUUGUAUUUUCUGAUUUCAAAUGGCAUCAGAUAGAAUACUGUUACCAAUUAUUUUAAUCAAUGUAUAAAAACUAGCAAUCAUGAGUUUUUUAAAGAAACUUUAAAAAAAAGAUCAAUCAAACUAGAUGCAAUGGUGUUCUUUGUUAUUAUUAAGUGACCUGGAAAGUUCAGUAGGGGGUAGAACAAAGUGGUCAACCUCUUGAAAACACUGACUAGAUGUGCAAUACUAUAAUGAUAAAAACUAUGAGUAUUUUAAGGUUGGAUAUGGUACAUUUUAGUUUAUUAAAUGUGCACUUUGAAAUAAAUAAUUCUGGUUAUUUUCCAAAGUUAUAAGAAAAUGAACAUGCCUAGGUGAAAAAUACAUUUCAACUUGUAGUUGUGCUAAUGCAUUGGGUUAUUUUUAAAUGUUGAAUAUAUUGAAGUCCUGCUGAAUUAUUUUGUACAAAGUAGAGUCUCCUUAUAUUUAGAGUUUUCCUUGUAUAACCUAUUUUAACUGAACUAAUGUUAUUUUUUAUCAUUGAAAAUUAUACUUUUUUAGCGCAGUGAUUCAGAUGAGGACUAGAAUUCAAAGAAAUACGCAAAGUAGGUAGAGAUUCAGGGACGGUUUCCUGGACCCAUAUUAAGCCUACACCUGAGCUAUGGCAUCGUUAAUGGUGCAUCUCCAUUCAAAGUGCUUUGUAGUCUAGGAAUCGGUUUAAUCUGGGCCAGGGAAAGUUUUUGUCAAGUUUACCUCCAAAUCCACCUAAGGGAGCAUUAUACCCUCUCAUUUUCACACUGUCUUUACAUGUCUACCAAAGAUACCUCUCUGCAGCCUCAGUGGUACUUCACAUGAGAGCUAGAGUUCCUGAGGAGGGUUUGGGAGAGGGUUGACUAGUGAAGAGCUGCAGAACAGGACAAUGAUAAUCACUACAAGCUUCUAUUAUAUUGUCCUUAGCCAGCACUCUAUCUGUUGGCUUAGAAUAAACAAGUUGAGAGAGGGAAUAGCAUCGACUUGGGGUUGAAAAAUUCUGGAAAAUGUCCCCAAAUUACCAUGCUUUCCAGGAAUCACACUUGGAAGAUUACUGGAAACGGGAGGGAAUAAGCAGAAAAUGUGUAAUUCUCGUACCAGGAAUUCUGGAAUUUUGUGAAAGUGACCAGAAAUUUUGCAACCCUUCAUAGACUCAAGAUAAAAGUAUCUUUCUACAUCAUCAUUUGGUUUUGCAUCAGUUCAAUCCUAUCAGACAUAUGUAUAUUGUUUAAAUGUUAUAAUCCCUCAAUAGACUAGUGUAUGUUGGGUUUAAUAAAUAAUAUAGAUUUAUGAAUUAAUGUGGUCUGCUAUGCACCAAUAUUAAGAUAACGACAAGUGGUUGGUACCUGAUUGGUGUAUUAGAUUAAAGUGAUUGAUUUUGUUUGAAGUUGUGGAAGGCCAGUCAAGGCAGAAGAUUUAGAUUUUUAUACCUCAGAUCGCAACUUUGAAUUUCAGUUCAAUGUGUAUGACAAACAAUACAACCUUAUUUGAGCAAUAAUGAAAACAUUUGAAAAUAAUGAAAUGUUGAAAUCAAUGUGGGCAGCUACAGACAGAAAAAGUAAGUGAUGUUUUUUGUUUUGUUUUGAUGUGUUCUGUCUUUCCAUAUAGGAUCACUGGAUAUUCAAGUGACAUGUUUUUCAUGAUUAGCCUACCUACCGUUAUACUGGUGAACCUAGCUUCUUAAUGCAUGGGAUGAGAUGAUGAUGAGAAGAUGGUGUAGCAGUAGCAUGCAGCUCAGUGUUGAUUGCAAUGGGUGUGUUCCAGGUUGUUGCAGUCAUGCUGCACAUCUCGAAAGAUCUCUAUAAAUCAAUAGCAAUAUCAUAUCAGUGUGGUUCCGGAGAUGUGCAAACAUGUCUCCAGGGGUCGUAUUCACUAGAAACCAAACUGAAGAAACAAACAGGGAGGGAUUACCUUAAUUCUUUCUUUGCGAGACAUUUUCCUACGGUGUGUAAUGUAACUAAUGAAUACUAGUGACCCAGGUGGUAAGAUCUGACAAUCUGAGCAGUGUGACUGCAAUGAAGACGACCUGGAACGUCCCCAAUGACUCCAGUGUUAGGAACACCCAGACAGCCUCUGCAAUGUCCUUCUGUUAGCUCCCUUACUGUCUCAUGGCCAUGCAUAUGGAUCGGUCUCUGCAAGCAUGUCUUCUGUAUUUCUGUUGUUACUCCCAAUCAAGACUGAAUAUUUUUUAACACAAGAUGAAGACUGGUGUAUUCGAUGAUUAAUUUAUCAAUAAAUAUAAUUUAUUCUUAAA